CUCUGGUAGCUCAUCUCUUGCAAAGGAACCUCACCUAGGUGGAACCACACGAACGCCAUGAUGUACAGUUUUAUGGGUGGAGGACUCUUCUGUGCCUGCGUGGGCAACAUCUUGCUGGUGGUUUCUACAGCCACUGAUUUCUGGAUGCAAUAUCGACUGUCGGGUGCCUUCGCCCAUCAGGGUCUGUGGAGAUACUGCGUAACCGGCAAGUGUUACAUGCAGACUGAGAGCAUCGCUUACUGGAAUGCCACCCGGGCCUUCAUGAUUCUCUCCACUUUGAGUUGCUUUGGUGGGGUCAUCGCUGGAAUUCUCUCCUUCACUAACUUCUCUACCUUCCAAAAGUUUAACAGAUCCUUCACUGCAGGCAUCAUGUUCUUUAUUUCCACACUCUUUGUACUGUUGGCCAUGGCUGUCUACACUGGAGUAACUGUCAAUUUGCUGGGCAAGCGUUUUGGAGACUGGCGAUUCUCAUGGUCCUACAUCCUUGGUUGGGUGGCUUUGCUCAUGACCUUCUUUGCAGGUAUAUUCUACAUGUGUGCUUACAGAAUGCACGAGUGUCGGCGAGGAUCAGGACCUCGUUAAUAGUGAAGAAGCCCCUUUAAGGAUUAACAAAGCAAUUCCUGAUUGAGAAAUGAACCUCCAAAAUGAAAAGACCUCCAAACCUUAUUCUCUGUAUCCACAAACCUCAUGUUUCUCAGGUUGCACAGUACAUCUAUGCAUUAUGUACUAGGGUCAUCUGUUAAGUCCUAACUUCUUUUUUUAUGCCAAACUGAUUUGAGAUACAUUUUUGAGAGGAUAUCCAAUGUAGUUCAGCUCCUGUGUCUAAGAUGUACAGAUUCCAGGACUAUAGAUGGUAGUGGGUCCUGGAAAUGUUUUAGAAAGAGCUGGAUGGAAGCUUAGUACAGUAAAAAGUGAAUUCAUAAUCUCUUGUCCAUCAUAGUCUUCUCCUGCCUCGGUCUUUAGCAUGUGCCAAGUGCAUGACUUAAGGUAGGACCAGAUUCCUAACUGCUGAACACUGCCCAAUAUAUGAUUUCUGACAAGUAAAUAAAACACCUUUAAUUGUGGAUACAACCAGUAGGAACUACUCAACCCUAGAGGCAACCAAAGAAAAGAUCAGGGUUGGCUCCUGCUAGAUAUCUUGAACGAUGUAUCAACAGCAGCUGAAGAUCCUUUAAGAAUAUAAGAGGUCAGCUAUAGAUAAAUAUGUAUGCACCCAGAUAUUAGAGGACUAUACUGAACAGAAGAUCUUAAAUGCAGUUGACUUGUGAUUGUCCUCUCAUCAAUGUGUCUGAAGAUGGUAGAGCUUUAAAAAGAGGCUACAGGGAAUGAUCACAAUGUCAAUUCAACUUUCCCAUUCUUCUGCAUUUGCUGAGCAUAUUUUGGGUUAUACAAACAACACCAAACUGUAGUUAUUUAAUCAAAUCUCCUUCUGGGCUUAUAUUGGUCACUCCUGUGGUCAUCAAUUACCCCUAAUAACUGCCCGUGUCACCUUUUUAACCAGUUGCCCCUGAGUAAACAUAAACAUGUCAAGGUACUUGCAAAUACCUCAUGUAUUACAAGUUCUGAUUUGCCCACAAAUGUGUUUAUAAUAAAAGAGAAAUCUGAUGUUUUCAUCAAGGUUUCAGUAGUGAAGUAAA